AUGACCCUCCUUUCAGUAGAGGGAAUAAAUAAGCGAUUAGAUAAUUUAUUGCAUGAUAAAAUUUUUAUAAGUAAAUUAACAUUAUUCGCUUGGUCAUCAAAUGAUCUUAUACAUCGAUUUGAUGAUAGUUUAAUUGAUGAAUUUUGUUUAAAAAUUUUACCUCAGAUUCAUCAUAAAAUCAAAUGGUUAAAUCUUGAAUUAUCAUCAAUAGAACAAUUUCUUCUUGGAAUAGAUUAUCCUCAUUUAUAUGGUGUUGGUUUAUAUAAUAUGAAUAUCAGAAUGGCUUUAUACUUUUUUAAAGGUUUCUAUUCUUUAUUUCAUAUAUUCCAAAAGCAAAUAUCAUCAAUUAUAAUCACAUUUGAAAAUAAAAGCCCAAGAAUAGCAAAAAAUACAGUAGCACGUAUACUUAUAUAUAUAUUAAAUAUGUUUAAAAAUUUAUAUUAUUUAAACUUUCAAACGUCGUUUGUUUGUGAUGAACAACUAUCAUUAAAUGAAUUGUCAUUACGAAAACAAAUUUUUUCUGAAACAUUAUUAGAAUUAUUUAUUAGUGUACAAAACUUUGAUGAUUGUAUCUAUUUGUUUGAUGGUCGCUUCAAUAAAUUACAUACAAUUUAUAUUAAUGUUUCAAUUAUUCAUUCAAAUCAAUUAAUUGAUAAUAAAGAAAAGUUAUGUAAUUUAAAAUGUUUUUCAUUAACAUCUGAUGUAAACACAAGCAUGUAUGAUGAAUUAGUUGUACCACUUGUACGUCGAAUGUCAUAUUUAGAACAACUUAGUUUAUAUCUUCAAAUAAAUCAUAAUAAUACAUUUAUAGAUGGUAAUGAUUUAAAAAACAAUAUUUUAGAUUAUUUAUUAUAUUUGAAAAAAUUUAAAUUUAAUAUUCAUUCAUUUAUAUUUAUUGAUAAUUUAAUGAAUUUACCAUCAAAUGAAGAUGUUCGACGUACAUUAUCAAUUAUUGGAAAUGAAAAAUUUGUUUCUUCUGUUAAUUAUUAUCCUCAUUCUCAAAUGGCUUCUUGUAACAUUUAUUCAUAUUCAUGUACAAAUACAAUGAAAUAUUAUUAUAACAUUACAAAUAAUUUUCCAGGUGGAUUGUUUAGAAAUGUAAAAAAAGUUUUAUUAUUUGAUGAAUGUCCAUUUGAACAUGAAUUUUUUAUUCAAAUUUCUAAAUCAUUUCCAGUUAUUACAAAUUUAUCAUUAAAUAAUCAAACACCACAAAAGAAAAAAAAUCAUGAACAAAGAUUUUUAUCAGUUGUUGAAUUUUCUCAUCUUAGCGAAUUGUAUUUUGAUGAAGCACAUGAUGAUUACCCUAGUGAAAUUACUGAUACUAAAGUUAUUGAAUAUCAAAGACGCUCGAUUAUUAUGUCUAUUGGUAUAGCUAAUUGUUUUGAUCGAGUCAUUAUCAGUUAUUUAGGUGAUCGAUAA